AAUUAUUUUUCGAGGGAGCAGCUCCUCUUUGCCGCAUCCAUUGGUUUUGUAUAUCAUAUACAUAGCCAUUGUUGCAGUGAUUACUCGGCCAAUCUACGGCUUAACAUACGAAGCUCCUUUCCGUUGAGCACCGCGCUGGAGAGCUAGCCAGCCAUUGGAGGUAAAAAAAACAAGCAAAUAUGGCCUCCAAGGAGCAGCUCAACGCCGAGCUCGAGGAGCACAUUGAUUUCAUCAAGACUCCUCCACAAGCACCCGCCAAGUUUGCAGUCGACGAGGACUGUGGUGUCGAAGUGACCAACUUCCCGACCAUCAACAAUGCGCCUCUCCCGGCCGAGGGUCCCGGCAGCGAAGGCUUCUCCAACUACCUGCUGGCCGGUGUGCUCUUGGGUCUGCCUCUGAUCCUCACCUACCGCAUCGGUCUCGGGUUCAAGACCUUCAUCUUCUUGACCAUCCUCUUCCUCUUCCCCAGCUUGGUCGCCUUCUGGACCAUCGCUUCCAGCUACUCCCCUCGCAUCAACAACAAGGCCAAGCUUCCCGGUCGCCCCGUCGAGCACUACAUCUCCUUCAAGAACGACGACGACCGCAAACGAUGGAGCGGAAGCAACAAGAUCCCGAUCAAGACCUUCUACGAGAUGUACUUCGACGGCAACGUCUCCUUCAACGGCGACUGCCUGGAGAUCCUCGAGUACCGCCACGACUGGGCCAGCUUCGCCUUCACCUGGGACCUCUUCCACUUCAUCCUCUUCGUCUUCGCCCCCGACGUCCUCUUCCACUCGCGCAAGCAAGACGAGGAGCAGAUCCGACCCAACUACGACCGCGGCAACGACCACUACGCCUGGUUCCUCGGCCCGCGCAUGGUCUACACCAGCGGAAUCUUUUCCGACCCCGACGUCGAGGAGUCCCUCGAGGAGAUGCAAGACAACAAGAUGGCCAUCGUCUGCGAGAAGCUCGAGCUCAAGAAGGGCGAAUCCCUCCUCGACAUCGGCUGCGGCUGGGGCACCCUCGCCCGCUUCGCCAGCGUCAACUACGGCGCCCACGUCACCGGCGUCACCCUCGCCCGGAACCAGGUCGCCUGGGGGACCGACGCGCUCCGCCGCGCCGGCAUCCCGGACACGCAGAGCAACCUGCUCUGCAUGGACUACCGCGACAUCCCGACGCGGAAGUUCAACAAGAUCUCGCAGAUCGAGAUGGGCGAGCACGUCGGCAUCCGUCGCCUCACCCUGUUCUUCCGCCAGUGCUACGAGAUGCUCGAGGACGACGGCGCCAUGUACGUCCAGCUCUCGGGCCUCCGCAAGGCCUGGCAGUACGAGGAUUUCAUCUGGGGGCUCUUCCUGAACAAGUACAUCUUCCCCGGCGCGGACGCUUCGACGCCUUUGGCGAACUACGUCGGAUGUCUCGAGAGUGCUGGAUGGGAGAUCAAGAGCAUCGACACCGUCGGCGUCCACUACUCCGGCACGCUCUGGCGCUGGUACCGCAACUGGCUCGGCAACUCCGACCUGAUCAACGCCAAGUACGGCCAGCGCUGGUUCCGCAUCUGGGAGCUGUUCCUCGCCUGGUCCACCAUCGCCUCGCGCCAGGGCAGCGCCACCUGCUACCAGAUGGUCGUCGUCAAGAACCUGAACGCCACCCACCGUGUCAAGGGCGUGGGCUCGCAGUUCGGCCUCUCCGGCGCCCUCGCCAAGGCGAGGAAGGAGGGCCGCGCGGUCCUGAAGCAGUAGAAUAUUCUUAUCCUUUCUUGUACGAAGGACUUGAGCGGAAGAAGAACGGUGGAGGUGGAGAUGGGCGACGGAGAGUGGGGGAUGCGGGAAGCGCCUCCAGCAACGGUCGCGGCUGGACCACUGGGAAAGGGAGAGGGAGAGAGGCUCGAUCCACAUCCUUCUCAUCAGAGCGGUUGAUGACCAGACACCUCUCUUUCCUUCCUUUUGGGACGAACAGGUGAUGGCCUUCCCCCCUCCUCCGGUGGAGAUGCAUUUCAUUCAUUUAUCAAAAGAGAUCCAUGCACGGAAUGUUCCACGACAACGAUGACGAGGAAGACGAGGACGACGACGACGGGGAGGAAAUAUAGACAUAUGUACACGAACGCUCCUUUCCAU